AUGGUGCUUGUAAUUAUAAGUUUCUUGAUAGCAGUCUUUGCAACAUUAUAUGCAAUGGAUAUAUGGCCAUUUGAAGAAACGAUGUCUACAAAUAGCACAACUGAAUCUAGCUUAGCCUUAGCCAAAGAUUCUAUAGUGAAAAAUGUAUCUAGUGCACUAGAGAAUACUGAUACUAAAAAAGCAGUUUACAAUGUAACUGGUUCUGUGGAAAAUGGAUACAAUAUUACACAACAUGUGGAGAAAAAUGUCUCUAGCACAACAAAGAUUCUGCCUACUACACUAACAGAUAUAAAAGCCACUACUGUGGCAUCAGGCACAACGACCAAUGCAGAAGCCACUACUGAAUUAUUAAGUAAAGGAGUCACUGACUCCAUUAUAGCAUCAAGCGAAGGUGUUACACAACCUACUGAAUUAUUAAGUGAAGGUGUUACACAACCUACUGUAGCAUCAAGUGAAGGAGUCACUGACUCUACCGCAGAAAUAAGCGAGGGUGUUACUCAAACCAUUACAGCAUCAAGCGAGGGUGUUACUCAAACCAUUGCAGCAUCAAGCGAAGGGGUUACUGAUCCCAUCGUAGUAUCAAGCGAGGGUGCUACCCAACCUACUGUAGCAUCAAGCGAGGGUGUUACUCAAACCAUUACAGCAUCAAGUGAAGGGGUUACUGAUUCAACUGCUAAAAUAAGUGAGGGAGUUACUGAUCCAAUUGUAGCAUCAAGCGAAGGGGUUACUGACCCCAUCGUAGCAUCAAGCGAGAAUGUCACUCAACCUACUGUAGCAUCAAGUGAGGGUGUCACCGAUCCUAUUGCAGCAUCAAGUGAAGGUGUUACACAGCCUACUGUAGCAUCAAGCGAGGGUAUCACUGAUCCCAUCGUAGCAUCAAGUGAAGAGGCUAUCCAACCUACCAGUACAAAGAACAUAGCUGUAAGCCAAAGUAAUAGUGAUGCUGUAAAUUCUACACUAACAAGCGAGAGUGUUAUUGACCAAACUGUAGCAUCAAGCGAGGACGUUACUAAAACCAUUGCAGGAUCAAGCGAGGGUGCUACCCAACCUACUGUAGCAUCAAGUGAAGGUGUUACUGAAACCAUUGCAGAAUUAGGUGAAGGAGUUAAUAAAACCACCGCAGAAAUAAGCGAAGGAGUUGCUAAAACCAUUGCAGGGUCAAGUGAAGAAGCUGCUAACUCUACCAGUCCAAAGAAUAUAACCGCAAGCCAAGGUAACAGUGAUACUGUAAAUUCUACACUAACAAAUGAGGGUGUCACUGACCAAACUGUAGCAUCAAGUGAAGGUGUUACUGACCCUACCAGUGCGAAGAAUAUAACCGCAAGCCAAGGUAACAGUGAUACUGUAAAUUCUACACUAACAAGUGAGAGUGCUACUAACCAAACUGUAGCAUCAAGUGAAGGUGUUACUGACCCUAACAGUGCAGACCAAGAUUUCUUAAAUAGUUUAAUUGCUAAGAAGAAAGCUAAUUGUGAUAGUAUAGCAAGACUUAAGACAGAGAAUGCACAAAUAAAUAAUCGUAUAGGCAAUUCUAGCAAAAAUGAUACUCAUGCCUCGAAACCCAAGAUCAAUGAUAAUGUUCUGACAAUGGAUUUGAACCAAAACAAUACAGCUUAUAGUACUGGUGCAGUCAAGCCUGAAUUAUCUAUGCCAAAAAACAAUCUGUCUUCUUCUACUAUGAACAAUCCAAUUUAG